GAGGCCUAUUUCAAACGCACAAACACAGCAGAAAAAUCACAACGAUUGAGAAACACUUUCAAAUUUAACAUGUAAAUAAGGUGUAAAUGGGAAUUGGUCGCUUAAGACAGGGGCACCAAUAUUAGAAACGAAAGCGCGCCAAUUUCGAACUUCGACUCGUCAGUCGUCGAUUCGUGGGAAUAUAGAAUUCUGUAUUUUACAGAUUAUUAUAAUAAUAAAUUUACAAUGAGCAAACGCAAGAAUCCUUCAGACACCGAUAAUCUAAAUGGUGAUUUCUGUGAUUUUCUUAUGGAGCUUGCGGAAUAUGAGAAAAAUGUAAGUCGCAACAUUCAUAAAUAUAAUGCGUAUAAAAAAGCGGCUAGCGUUCUAGCUUCGCACCAUAAGAGAAUUGAAUCUGGCGAGGAAGCGAAAAAAUUGAAUGGCAUUGGAGAAAAAAUUGCAAAGAAAAUUGAGGAGUUUCUCCAGACGGGGAAGCUAAAGAAAUUGGAGAACAUUCAUGAAGAUGAAGAAGCUCAAGCUAUAAACUUGCUUACGAGAAUAUCGGGAAUUGGUCCGGUGAAAGCAGCAGAACUGGUGAGAGAAGGUAUAAAAACCAUUGAAGAUUUACGCAAGAACCAUGAAAAACUGACUCAUCAUCAAAUGGUUGGAUUAAAAUAUUUUGAAGAUUUUGAGGCGAAAAUUCCCCGAACGGAAAUUGAGGAAAUCGAAAAGAAGUUGAAAGGGCUGAUUAACAAACUGGAUCCUGAAUUCACUGUUACAAUUUGUGGUAGCUACAGACGUGGCAAGAAAGAAAGCGGUGAUAUUGACGCUCUGAUAACUCAUCCAUCCGUGAAAACGAGUGAUGGGAAAAAGAAGAAUAAGGAACACGAGAAGUUGUUAAAAAAAUUGGUGGACGGGCUUAAAGGACUCGUGACUGAUACUAUCUCCUUGGGAGACACUAAAUUCAUGGGUGUUUGUCGUCUCUCAGAAGACCUCCCGGCCCGUCGUUUGGACAUUCGCCUGAUACCUUGCGAGCAAUACUAUUGCGCCAUUUUGUACUUUACUGGCAGUGACGUAUUCAACAAAAGCAUGCGCGCGCACGCAUUGGAACACGGAUUCACACUUAACGAAUAUUCUUUGAGACCUAUUGGAUCGACCGGAGUCCCUGGUGAACCAGUACCAUUAUCAUCGGAAGAAGAAAUAUUUGAAUACAUUGACUACCCAUUUAAGAAACCGGAGGAACGUAGCGUAUAAUAAUAUAAUAUAAUAUAAUAUAAGAAAGUAAUAAAAUCUUCACUCG